AUGGGUGACCACAGCUUGAAGACCAAGGAAGGUACGGAGCAGUGCAUCAACUCAGCCAAGGCCUUCAUCCACCCCAACUACAACCCCACCAGCCAUGACAGUGACAUCAUGCUGCUGAAGCUCCAGAAGCCGGUCCGCUUCACCGAACACAUCCACCCCGUGGCCCUCCCCAGGCGUUGUCCCCCACCCAACACCGAGUGCGUCGUCUCGGGCUGGGGCAGCACCAGCAGCCCUGAAGGGUACUUCCCCGAUGUUCUCCAGUGCGGCGUGGUCUACACCAUGCCCAACGAGGAGUGCGGCAAGCUCUACCCCAAGGGCAUCACCAAGAACAUGCUCUGCGCCGGCGUCAGCUCGGGGGGCACCGACUCCUGCCAGGGCGAUUCCGGGGGUCCGCUGGUGUGCAGGGACGAGCUGCAGGGCAUCGUGUCGUGGGGCAUGCAGGUCUGCGGGCAGCCGGACAAGCCGGGCGUCUACACCCGCGUCUGCGAGUUCACCACCUGGAUCCACGACAUCAUGAGGAGGAACAGCCACAACUGA